GAGUUUGUGUUGCAUUCAGAAUGAAGUAUCUCGGAAUUGCAGUCAUUGGAUUGCUGAUCGGCAGCCUAACCAGCGGUGGCUUAUUGGUGGAGGCCAAGCCUGAGAUGUGUUCUCAACCCCAUUCGAAGGAUGGCAUGGCACAGGAUGGGGCUGCCUGUAUGGCCUAUAUGCCGGCCUGGACCUAUGACGCCAAAAAGAAUGCCUGCUCGGAGUUUGUCUUUGGCGGCUGUGGCGGCAAUGCGAAUCAGUUCUCCACCCAAGUGGAAUGCGAAAAGGCAUGUAAGGACUAGCAAUGGGCAAAAAAACACCUAAACAACAAAAUCACUCAAAAUAUUGAACUCUGAAAAGCAAAGCUUGUUGUGUUUUUUUGCAAAAACAAUAAAUUUCACUAUUAUUUCAA